AUGCGAGGUUCUCUUGGCAACGCCCUGGUCGGGCUAAGCAUCUCAGGCCUUGGCCUAACAGCUGCUGUGCAACGUGAAUUUGAGAUCGUACGGUUCCAUGACCUUGGUGCUGUGACAGCAGACUCCCUGCACAAUAUUCAUGUCGAAUUUCUUGAUGAGUCCUUCGAAGGUCAUCUGAAACUGGUAUAUGGAGACUGCGGCAUGGAAAGCCCCAUAUAUGGACACCAUGAUAUUGGCAGCAUCUUUGUCAAGCGGGAGGCUAAGCCAGACCGAUUUGUCUGGGUGACUCCUGCAGAUGCACCUCAUGCGCACUGUCUUCAUGCAUUCUCUGAAUCGACCUUGCUUGGUCGGUCCUCUCCGGUCAGCGUCACCUCGCCCAUCGUCAAGCGCGAGAGUAUCGCUGAUGUGGCCGAUGCAAUGGGCCCGUGGUUUGACGGUGUCGCAUACAUGAAAUCCAAAAAGAAUAGCCAAUCUUUCGUCGCCAAGGCGAAAGACACAUCUGUUGCCAUUCUAGGCGGAGGCAUGUCUGGCCUCAUGACAAGCCACCUCCUUGAGUCCGUUGGAAUUCACAAUUGGCAUAUUUUCGAGUCAUCAGAGCGAGUUGGUGGACGCAUUCGCACCAAGUAUCUCAACAACACUCGCCCGGAUCAAUACCAAUACCAAGAAAUGGGACCUAUGCGCUUUCCCGUCAGCAUCACCUAUACAGAUACCAACGAGACCCUCGAGAUUAUGGAUCACCGCAUGGUCUUUCAGCUGGCCGGUGUGCUCAAUAAGAUGAAUACUGAUAGACCUGAUCUCCAAGUCAACUUCAUUCCGUGGGUACAAAGCAGCCCCAAUGUCCCUGCCUCGACAGGCGGCAAUCGCCUACCAGAUGGCCGUAUCCCCACGGCAGCACAAGUCGCAGCCAAUUCCUCUCUUGUUUAUACAGCUGCAUCAUCUAAUGCAACUGCCGUAGCUGAUGCAGAAGCUGCUUAUGAGAACUAUACCACAUUGGAUGAUCGGGCCACAAUCCGCGCAAUUGCGACCAACAUGUACCAAGCCCACAAGAAAGCCGUGGAAGAUGGCAUGUUUCACUGGUCCGAAGCCGGCUAUCUCCGCUAUGCUAUGGGCUACAACGCAAACAUCACCGAUUACGUUGCUGGCACCACCGACUCUCCCAUUUGGGGCGACUUUUACGACGACGUCUACUUUGCAGCAACCAAGUGGCGCACAAUCGACAAGGGUCUCGAAUCACUGCCUCGUGCUUUCUACCCUCACGUCAAAGACAAGGUCACUUUCAACCGCACUGUGCAAGGUCUCAUCUACAACGAAACAACCGAGAAAAUUUCCGUCGCAUGGCGAAAUGACCCGCUUCAAAUGAUCCCUGAAACCGCGGAGUUCGAUUACGCCGUCGUUGCAGCGCCAUUCAGCAAAGUCCGGCUUUGGGAUUUACCCAGGUAUUCGUCACUAUUGAGUCGUGCCAUCUCAUCACUCAACUAUGAUCCUGCCUGCAAGAUGGCACUUCUGUACAAGACACGCUUUUGGGAACACAUGGAAAAUCCCAUCUUCGGCGGCUGCGGCUCUGUCGAUGUAUCCGGCGUGGGCAACGUCUGCUAUCCAUCCUAUAACAUGAACGGUACUGGACCGGGCGUUAUUCUGGCCUCGUAUAUCUCUGGUACACCUGCACGUUCGACGGCAGCUCUCAAUCCAGAGGAGCACGUCGCACUCAUCCAGCGCACGAUGGUGGAAGUACAUGGUGACAUCGCUGCAGAGCAGUUCACUGGUAUCUACGAUCGGCAGUGCUGGGAAUUCGACCGCCAUCAGGCUGGUGCUUGGGCGGAUCCGCUUGUUGGUCAGCAGGAGCUGUAUCUACCGGCGUAUUAUCAGACCGAGUUCAAUACGAUUUUCAUCGGUGAGCACACUAGUUAUACGCAUGCUUGGAUCUUUUCGGCUCUGGACUCGGCUGUGCGGGGAACUACUCAGCUUCUGCUAGACCUUGGCCUUGUUGAUGAGGCCAAGUCUAUCGUGGAGACUUGGAUGGGACGAUGGAUCAAGUUGUGA